AUGAAACCAACCUUCUUCUUCAAUUGUGUCUUACUCAUAUUUUUGUGUCGCAAUUUCCUACCCAAGAACUUAGGCAUGACCUUCAUACCUGAUUUAGACACCUCUUCUAUUGAGUGUUUGACCUGUUAAACGACAGCAUUCAGAAACUUGUGAACAAUUUUGAGCAAAUAAAACAAAUAAAACAAAUUAUUCGACAGCCUUGCCUGUGUCUUGACUUUAUCACUAAGUUCUCGCCCUGUCAAUGUUUCUCCCUUGCUAUGAGCCGAGCGCCUCACCUUGGCUCUGAUCGCCAACAAGUUUUCAAUAGCGAAUUCGACUAUUGGUCGUCGUUCAUUAGUGAAGAUGUGUGGAUUGUUAUUAAGCUUUUGGAGACACUGCAAAGCAUCACUGUGCUCCGAAAAAUUGACGAAAGCGUACCCUUUCGAACGAGCGUUACCCUUAGAGUCCAACUUCGAAGUAUCCUUCCAAAUGCGACAUUCCGUAAUAUGCGCAAACUUCCCAGCAGCCUCUACACAUAUCUCUCUAAGUUUCCCAUCAGUCAUGGAAGAGGGAAGAUUGUGCACCAUCAGACGAGUGGGUGAUAUGAACAUAUGCAAGUUUUCCAACUUUCUUCUAGAUGACUCGGCCAAUCGCUGCCGUUUUCUUGCAUCCUCUGAACUCAUACCAUUCGCAGCAGAAGUACCCUCGCGAAUCAAUGAGAAUCGGACAAGACGUAAAUUUCUCUUAUCCUCAGGGACCUGUAAACACUUAUUACAUAGGUGUACAGAAAAAAACAAACACAAAUGA